CCCUUCCUCUGCCAACCCUCCCUAACCUCCUCCUCCUCCUUCCCUCCCCCAGGCCCCUCCAGACCUCCUCCACCACCACCCUCAUCAUUAUAUACCAGUGGAGAGAGAAGCCCCGAGUCCAGUGCAGAACCAGACAGCAGCGAGACGACAUGAGGAGACUGACGCUACUGACAUUGGCCGCCUUAGCGUGCGCCGUCCUAGGGGAGGAGCGGGACCCUAGACUGUUCGAUGGAGGAUUCUUCCGUGACCUUGACAAUCUGCACAUGCGGGGCGCGCUGAGGAGGGACAGCCUGCAGGACACCAUGGACCAGAUCAGCUCCUCCCUAAACACGGCCAUCGACAGACUCUCAGACGCUAUCGAGGAGCAGGUGGAGGCGUCGCUGCCUGUACGACUGAGGAACGCGGAGAGCGAGCCAUCUGAUGGCUUCGAGGGACUGGAGGCCAUCUCUGGUUCUUUCGGCGAGGGAAUUGAUGAUGGGCUGAGGAUGCACUUCAACGGGGACGUGGAGGGGGAGAGGCUAGACGGGCACCGCUUUGAAGAGCCCACGCAGAUCCCUGAGGAGGCUGAGGCCGAGGAGGAGGAGGAGGAGGAUGAGGAAGAGGUGGAGUUUACUGAGGAUGUUGACAACACGCCUUCCUUCUCCUACCGUCCCUUCUUCCCCUUCGACACAUUCAGUCCUUUCAGACACCCCUGGAGGCGUCCCGGAACUGGCCUGUUUGACUUCAUGAACCGACGACCCGCCUGGUGGAAGGGACCCAACGUGUGUGUAGACCGCGAGGAGAUCGAUGAGGGCAAGGACUUGGACUCCAGCAUCAAGGAAGGCGAAGAGACCACCACCUCAGGAUCCACCCUUGUCUUCACCGUGGGCAACAUGCAGGUCACCUCAUGCGCCGAGACCCGCGAUAGAUACACGUGUACCAGCAGGAUCUCCCGCCGCGGCAUCCACAAGACAGUGGUGGUGACUCACAAGUGCUGCCACGGCUACAUCAAGGAGGCCACCGGCUGCUCCAAGAUUGAGCUGCGAUCGAUGCCAGAGACCCUUGAGGAAAUCGGCUCCAAUGACUUCCUGACACUGGUGAAGAGGGCAGGCAUGCUGGAGAUGCUGGACCAGAACAUCACCCUCUUCGCUCCCACCGACGAGGCCAUGCAGGAGUUUAUGGCUGACCUGGAAGCUGAGAACGAGGUGGAGAAUGAGCUGGUGGGAAGUCGAACCAGCAAUGAGGUUUACCCAGUCUUGCGUGCGCCUAUUGAGGAGAAGUCCAUGGUGAUGGCGCACGGCUCAGAGGGUGUGAUGUAUGCCAGCGACCUGCGCGACGAACAGGUGCUGCCCAGUCUAAUGGAAGGCUCCACACUGAGAAUCAACACGUACAGCACAGUGCCUCCUGCUGCCACUGUGAAUUGUGCCAGGAUGGUCUCUGUCAACCAGCAUUCGACUUAUGGUGUGGUGCACUCCAUCGACAAAGUGCUGCAGCCCGUCACGAAGAGUCUGGCCGAGCUCCUCGUCUCUGAUCCUCGCUUCUCCAUCCUCUACCAGCUCGUUGAGAAUGCAGGUCUCCUCGAUAAGCUGCGAGAACCCGGCCAGCUGACACUCUUUGCCCCGACCGACGCUGCCUUCCAUACCCUGUCUUCCCCUGUGGUGGAGGCCCUGCUGCGCAACAAUGCCUGCGUGGACGCAAUUGUCAAGAAUCACAUCCUUCCUAACGUCAUCUGCACGGCCGCCAUUCAGGGCAAGGCACGCACUAUCAACCUGCUCAAGGAGUUCCUGAUGCUGGAGAGAACCGAGGAGGACAGUCUCUUUGUGGAGGACAACGUGGAGGUGCUGGUGAGGGACAUCAUGGGAACCAACGGAGUCAUGCAUGUUUUGGAUAAGCCCAUCAUGCCCAGUGCUGCCAAGAAUCUGGUGGAUGUCCUCAAGAGCCACAACCUGACACGCUUCUUGGAGAUGCUGGAGACUGCUGAGAUGCUGAGUGAGAUGACAGGACUCAAGGACGUGACUGUCUUCGCCCCAAGCAACAGAGCCAUUGAGACGCUCCCCAAGGACGUGCUGGAGGACCUCAUGAAUAACAAGGAGAAGCUGAGGGACCUACUUAAUUAUCACAUCACCACCUCCUCUCUCCAAGCCUCAGACAUCACCAACAACCACAUCGCUGACACCCGUGCAGAGCUUCCCCUCAGGGUCAACCUCUACUCCAGGUCACCGCUGCUCGCUGGACUUGUGCGUGACUCUAACAACCGUCACGUCCGCCUCACUGCCGCCUGCAGUCGCAUCUCCAUCCUGGACUCGAGGGCGUGUGGUGCUGUGGUGCAUGUGGUGGAGAGAGUUUUGGCACCACCCAAGGCCUCUGUCAUGGAACAUCUCGAGGAUGAUGAGGACUUCUCCAUCUUCACCAAAAUGCUGCAGGACACUGGGGUGAAUGAGACGCUGGUGGAGGAGGGGCCCUUCACCGUGCUGGCACCCUCCAACCACGUCUUCCACGCCCUGCCUGAGAUGGAGUUGCAGGAGGUGCUGAAUGAUGUUGAGCUGCAGGAUCAGCUGGUCAAGCAGCACAUCAUCAAAGAACACGUGUGCUGUGCCGGCAUCAACCCCAACACAUGGCUCUUCAUGGACCACAAGAGGCCACUGGAUGGUUCCCCUGUGCACCUCCGCCGCACCACCUCUGGCAGGAUCAUGGCCGGUCCUGCUCGCAUCACCCACUGCUCUGCGCCCUCCAGGAAUGGCCUUGUCCACACUGUCAACCACCUGAUGCUCGAUGUGAACCCCAACAGGCAUGUAGACAGGAACCGCACUCCCAUUUUCUCUGCCCCAGGCCUUGAGAUCAUCUUUGGCUAGUGGAGAGGAGAGAAGAGGAGAAGGUGAAUUUUUUCCUCUUAAGCUGCACCUGUUUUUGUUAUAACGCGGCUGUUUUUCAGUUAUAUUUAUUAUGUUUUGUCAGGUUAAAAAGGGAGAAAAAAUUGUGUGCUAUCAUCUAUUUUUUUCCUUUGUCCAUAUAUGUAGUACAAUAUGCAUUCAGAUUUUGGUGAUGUUAUGUUACGUCGUUCACUUUAAUGAUUUUGUUCGGCCCAUGACACUUGCCUGUGUUCACUUGAAGAAUUUUAUUGAGGCCACAACAGCAAUAACAGUAACUUGUGUUGAACAUCUACAGUUCCAAAAGAAGCAAGUUUUCUUGUGCUGGAUAUUCAUGUAGCUACAUAACAACAGUGCAUGCGUUUAAAUAUACUACAAAGCUCAUAAAGAAAGAAAACACACAUAUAACACACUUCCAUCCAGAAAUUCCAAAUAAGUAUACAGAUUUCUACAUUCUUACUAUUUUAAUACACAGACGAGGCAUUUAGAGCUGAAAAUAAACACGAACUGCUUAUCAUAAACCACUGUACUGCUGAUGAUAGUGUUAGCGGUGUGCACUUGCCAUGUACCACUAUACACACACACAUGUAGGUGAGCGUAGAGCAUGGGUCUGUAUUGCCCCCAUGUAAUUUAGUAUUUAUUGGAGUGUGUAGUGUUUGGCAGCAUUGAGAGUGCAAUGGCUACAACACUGCACACAGGUCAGAAAUUCAAGCAGACAGGUUAUCUCUUUCAUAGCUUGUGUUUAUUGUUAUUAUUGUGAGUGUUGCUAUCAUUAUGUUGUUACUAAUAUCAUAGCAGACCUGUGAUGUGUAGGAUGUGGGCCUUGUGAAUUAUGCAGUAAUAAAUCUUUAGAAAAGCA